CACACACACACACUCACACAAAGCUCCUUGCUGAGCGCUGAAUGGUGAGAGAACGGCACACGAGACGAAUUUGGAUAGCAACAUUCUCCAAACUGGAGGAGCAGGACAGUCGCUAAGAGCUCCUAACUUAGCCUCAACAUUUCUAGCAGGGAGUCCGCGCUUCGAAGUGAUUAAGGAAACCUCUGAGAGCAGCAAGGAAAGGACAGAAACGUUUGCCUUUUGUGAGGAGAGCGUAAGUGGCAUGAAGGAGAAGGAAAUUCACCCACAAUCCUCUGCUCCUGAACAUUGACGACAGAAGAACCAGACAGGAAGCAGAGCAGCGAUCCAGAGGAAAGUAGAGAUUUCUCUGUCACCUGAUUGGUGGAGCUAAUGAGAUGAACUCCUGACAUCAGUGACUUACGCUGUGCACCGGUGUUUCCUGACUGAGAGCCUGGCCUCUGAGCUCUGACCCUCUAACCCUGGAGGGGCAGGAGGGUCGACGGGGAGAAAAUGCGGUGUACCACCCUCUUGGCCCUGCUGAUUGGGGUCAUGCUGUACCUGGUGAUGGGAGCGCUUGUUUUUGGAACCCUGGAGCUCCCCGAGGAGAAUUUGGCAUUCGAAGACCUCCUCGCUACCAAGAACACUUUCCUUGAUAAUAACUCCUGUGUCACUGAGCGGGACUUCUACAAGCUUGUGAAGGGGGUGGUGUCUGCGGUGGAGUCGGGACUGGAUGUGAACAACCUUUCUGCCAACUUCUCCACCCGCUGGGACCUGGCCUCAGCCUUCUUCUUCUGUGGUACCAUCAUUACCACCAUAGGUUUUGGCAACUUGUCUCCUCUAACGUGGUACGGCCAGUUGUUCUGUGUGUGCUAUGCCCUGGUGGGCAUCCCCAUGUUUGGCAUACUGCUGGCUGGAGUGUGUGACCACAUGGGCACGGUGCUGCGGAGAGCUGUGGCAAAGAUUGAGACCCUCUUCCUGAAGCGUAAAGUCAGGCCGACCACUGUCCGCGUGAUCUCAGCGGUUCUCUCCAUCCUGAUUGGUUGUCUGAUCUUCCUCGCCGUGCCAACAGUUGUGUUUCAGAAAGUGGAGGACUGGUCAUUUCUGGAGUCGCUCUACUUUGUGGUCAUCACUCUCACCACUGUUGGCUUUGGAGACUACGUACCAGGUGGUCGUGAAGACGACUGGUUCUUCAAGCCUCUGGUGUGGUUGUGGAUAGUGUUUGGUCUCGCCUACUUUGCCUCCAUCCUCACCAUGAUAGGCAACUGGCUGAAGGUGUUGUCUAAGAGGACCCGUGCUGAGAUGGAGGAGUUGAGGGCCCACGCUACAGACUGGACUCAGAAUAUUCAGAACAUGUCCAUGGACUUCCGUAUCCCAAACCCUAUGGAGUUCAACGACCCUUUCCUCCUGCAGCGCCGGCGCUGGAAACGCAGUGAGCGUCGCCGUAUGCGACGGGGAGCCCAGGGCACUCUGGGAUACUUGGCUCGAGGAGCGUCCGAGAAUGGACACCUGCCGAACCGCUGGGCCGGCCUGUCCAGCUCCAUGAGCCAGCUGGAAGCGCAUUCCUCUCUUGAGAGGGCGUUGGUGGCCAAGUCCAGGUCGCGGGUCAGAGCCGCCGGCGGUGGAACGGUGCCGAGGGCGAAGCCUGCAUUGAGAGUUCACCCCGCUGUGGGUCAUUUGGUGGAGGGCAGGCCGUUUCCUCACCUGCUGGCCCGCUCAUUCUCCCUCCCUGUGGCACACUCCACCUUAGAGCUGGACUCAGCAGGUGCAGCCAUGCAAGGAGGAUCCUUCUCUGGAUCUGAGUCUCCUUUUGACUCCAGAUCAGACGUUUCCUCAGUCUCCUCGUCUUUCUUGGCACGCCACAAUUUCCAGCCCUGCUGUACAGUCAGCAACAUGGAGGAGGGAGGAGUGAGAGCCGCAGACAUGAACACAACACAAGAGAAAGACAAACUGAUUCCAGCAGAGUAUGCAUCUGUCGCCAAAAAUAACCACAGAUGCACUCCUGCUCCUAGUUUGCACCCUCGCUUCUCCCCUCUUCCACCUUCUCACCUCCAAAUCGUCCUUCCUUCCCCUCCCCUCCACGCUGCCUCCUCAGCCAGCUGCCAGCUGCUGGAUUUCUUCGGAGAGAAUCUGGCGUACAUUGAUGAGUCCUCAGACACGCUGAGCGAUCGCGCCCAGCCAGGAGCAAGCGAGGAGAAAAGGAGAAGGCCACGAAAGCCGAAGAGGAGGAGUAUGAGGCGGCAGCUGUCACACAAGUGGAGCCCCUUGCAGGUGAGGAGGCCCAACAGUGAUAUGCAGCCGCCGUCAAAUCCCCCGACUCCCCCUCCAGAAUCCUCUCUUUCAGACAGGUUUGGGUCCGACACUCUGACAGCCAACACACUCACAACAUGGUGCCAAAGUAAAUAAAGCUAAUGUUCCAGGAGAUUGUUUGUAUUUAAGGCUAGCCUCACAACGUGAGCCCACGAGUUUUACUUUGUUACUUUGUGAUCUGAGGAGGUCAAAAACUCUUGGAGACUUUUUCCCUCCAUGGACCUUGCUACUUAGUGAUCUGACAAAGCUCAAUGAAAAAUUUGUUCGGGACACAAACUCCUGGAGCUGUACAAACUGCUUCCCUUCAGACACGAGAUCAGAUGACAUGAACCAAUCAUACUCCAGACUGAAUGACUGCAUCAUUCACUGGGCCGUCACUGACAUUUGCUUCAGAGAACAGAAAACAAGACUCUACAGCCAUGCAAGCGACAUUGCAAUCAUCUGAUUAUAACUGACUUAUUUGUUCCAACUAAUCAUCUGAGCUCAAUUGUGGUGUGUACAACAAUAUCUUUAUUAAUCAAGCAAGUACCAGUGAGCUCGCUUGUCCUUAGGGCACUUAGGCACUGUGGCAAAUGUCAGAAAUAUGUCACACAAGUGUGACCGUUAGGACCUUUCAAUUAAUUCUAGGGGGCAUAGAUGUGUGUACAAACGUUCAUGGAAGUGCCAUCAACAGUUGUGGAGAUAUUUCACUGCUACAGGGGAAAUGAUUCAUCUUGAUGAAGAUGAAUCAUCUGGGAAACAUGAAUGUCUGUCUGUUUCAUGGCAAUCCAUCCAGAAGUUGUUGAGACCAUUCAGUCUGGAUUACAAUGGUGGAUUAAAGGACUUUGCCAGGUUGCCCCUACAUUAUCCAAAAUGGAUUAAGGGAAAGAUAAAGAGGCCUUUUAAACGACGGAAUCACGCAUCCUUUUAAAAUCGAUCACAUCUUGUGUUUAAACAGUUGGUCACAAGUUUCAGAGGUUAUAAGAGAAUAUGAGUCCAAUCUUUAUCCUGACAUCAUUACACAUGUUUAUCUACUUUGUUCAUCCAUCUUUCCACUUCUGAGGUCAAUCGAUUCUCGGCAAGACAUAUUAUUCAUCAUUAGCUCUCAGAUUUAUGUUGGCUUCGUGAGGCAAACUCUUGGCUACUGACUAAUAGCUUUGGGGUUUCGGAACCAUUCGGAAAAAAAUAAGUACCUUUUUAUGGAAUACAAUAUUAAAAAAGGAAAGAAAAACGAGGGACAAGAGCACAGGAGUUUUAAACUAAAUUUUAAAACACAUUUUUUUUAAGUGUGACAUCUACAAAAACUAAAUAGAUUAAAUGGACCUGGGAGGCUGGAAACAUUCCCGGGGAAAACCCUCCAGAGGGAGGAGAACCUAAACCACAGCAACAGUACAUUGUCAUCAAAGCAUCAGACCAGUGUCACUCCUUCGUGUGAUGCGGUCAUACGAGGCUAUGAGUUGUUUGAGGGAUGAAGCGGGUAAGUAACAACUGCUCUGGAAUGUUUUAAGGGGCAAAGUUACUGGCCACUGCUUCGUAAUAAAACUUUUGUGCUCUUUCCGCCAUGAUAAGCAUCUUUGUGUGCUCGCCUUGGAUAUAAGUGUUCAGGGCUAUUAAAGCAACGCUAAGGUUACUUUUAAGGUUUGUGGUGUUUAUCAACUAAUAUCCUGUUUCCUGUCGGUCCAGCUUGUGACCAUUUUUCCUCUUGGUUGAUACUGUUUGUGUUUUAUUCUUUUUAAAGCCUAAACCUCCCUGCCACGUAAAUAGCUCUUUGAACUGGUGUAUACACCUUUUCAGUGCUAUACUAUUUGUCCUCAUAAUGUCUUAAAGUGAUGAUUGCAAGACUUCUCUGAACACACACUGCUAUUUGACAUUAACCUGAACAGGGCUCGCCUGUGCAGAUGCCUUCGUGACUUUUUAAAAAUAUUAUCGUGUCAACUUUCAGAAAUGCACUAAUGUGCCAACAAAGGAAGUGAAGGAAGAAGACAAGCUAGUAAAAAUGGUUGAAAACAAUACAGUAAAUGUUUGAAUUCAACAGGUCUUUUAGACCUCAAGGACACACAAAAUACGUUUUGGUGAAUAACAGUGAAUGUAAAAAAAGUGUACUAAAAACUCCACAUGGCACUUUUUUUUAUGUAAAGCCCGUCGUGCUCUUUAGUGGUGUUGACCAGUCCUGUUUACCAGCCUCAUACUACUCACACCUUCUAAGCUGUUUUUGAGUGUGUUCACCCUUCAUGCUACACUUUUUCCAACCAUGCAUUUCAUUUUCCAGCUACAAAUACAGCCUGUAAAAAUAUAAAAUGUAGAAAUAUAUAAAGAUAUUCAGGUCUUUCCCUGGAGUCCUCUUUGAAAUGUUUAAUUGGCAGUGGCAUGGUAACAUUUUAUUUUGAUGUAUUGUAUAAUUGCAUUCUAGUAUAAAGAGGUAAAGUAAGUUUAAAAUGCUUCUGUACUAACUGCAAAACACAUUAAGAGAAACAUGAUUUGUAUAUAGUACUCAAUGUAUACAAUAAAUUAGCAGAAUAGAAUUGGGACACAGUCUGUUGUUCCCAAACCUCCGGUCACUGGAGAGCAGGAGAUCUGAAAUGACCGGACACCUGAACCCUGGAAGUCCUGAGUGAACUUGGACUUUUGGUGGAUUUGAGAUCAACAUUCAGCUUCUGCUUACUCUGAACCAGGAACUACGACAAAGGGGCCAUUGUGGCAUUCGGCUCUCUACCAGGGCCAAAAUAAGUAACUGACUGAAUCCACACUCCGCUUCAGGCUCCCACAUUUGUCAAUUGUUGACAGAGGGCUAGAAGGAGAUAAAUAUUCAUAUGACAACAUAUGUGCCGAACACGAGCCAUCAAAAUGUAAUAUAAGUUAAGUUUAUUAUAAGACUUCUGACCUACAAAGGAUGUCAAUGCUAAUGUUAUUUUAUUUAUUUUAAAUAUAUAUUUCUUCUUCUUUAUAUAAAAUAAAAGAAAGGUGGAUAUUUGAAUGGCUGCUCACUGAUGUUAAGACUAAAUAUGUGGUGAAAAACUCGAGAAUUAUAUUUCAGAUUUCUUUUUUAAACCUCAUAACCUGGGACAUUGUUUUGAAAGUGUAUCAUCAAGUAUGAGUAAGUAUGUCAUGGUAUAGUUAGUAAUAAAAAGUAAAAGUAUGUCAUACAAAGCACAGACUAGUAUGUCUUGAAAAGCAAUAGUACAGUAUGUUUAAAGAAAAGUCAUAGUACGUCAGAAAAAAAGUUACCAUAUAUUACGCAAUAAAAACAAUUCUUCAUUUGAUCUGACUUCCGUUGUCACCUCAGCAGACUUAACUGUCAACAAAUAUAAUUGAAUGUCACUUUUUACCUUGAAAUGAAAACCCACAGCUGGGCCUCUGGGUUUGGCCUCCCCGCUGUUUUGGGGGCCUCAAGUAGAGCUCUUAGUAUGGCUUCAAUAAUGCUGAGGCCACCGGUCGGUAUCUUCUCUUUACUCCUGUGUCUCAUUAUCACAUUGCCGCUUGUAGAUCUGAUAAUUCACAUUGACCUUGUAUUGUGUUUAUGGCGUCCUGUUGCCCCAAGAGCUGUAUUUUAAUUAAACUGCCAGAAAUAAAUAGGAACAAUUUCAAAUCUAGUUGUGUGACGAAUAAAGUCUCGUCCAGACCUGUAAUGUGAGCUAUGUUUGACACGGACCACAAGGUGCAUGUGAGGAAGACGGAAAGCGAUUCUCUCUGUCAUCCUCAAGAACAUUUUACAAGCGUUAUCAAGGGCUCUCUUACAUUUUUUUGGUCAGUAUGGGAAGAACCAUAGCCACAAAUCAUGACAGAUUUGGCUAAAUGGAGGUUAUACAGGCCGGAUGUUUGGAUACAUGGGUGAUGCCGACAGGGUCUGUAUGUACACUCCACGUCAAGGUCAAAGGCACAGACAUGGUUUAUAUUGUGUGUGUGUGGGUGAGAGAGAGCGGGGGUCAGUAGACUUCCCUCUCAAGGACAGUGGGACUCAGUGUGAGACAGAGCAAGGCGCUCUACCGUGGGAUAAGUACAGGUUGGGUAUAGCAACGGGUAGUUAAGUGGAAAAGACUAACAGAUGCUGGGGCUAGUUUACUCUGGUGGGAGGGAGCCUCACCACAGCUCGAGCACUAGCACCCCAACGCACACAUACAAAUGCACACGCACAAGUUAGGCUGCAUUCUCACUGUGGCUUAGAAAGAAUGAUUUCACUGCAAUGGCUGGAGAACAGUUUGUACCUCUUUAUUAAAACAGCAGAAGUCACUGAGAAAAAAAAAUCUUCUCAGUAAAGAUGGACGUAUCUCAAUUUCAGGACAUUGAAAGCCUCAUCGGGCUGAGCAAUAUAUAAGUCUUCUAUCACGAUAAAGGUCAUUUUAUAUUUCAAUGACAAUAUACAGUAUAUAUAUAUAUCACAAUAUAAAUGUUCUAUUUGAAAUAACCACAUGGUAAAGGCUAUUUUUGUAUCGUACUGUGUGAAUUAAAUACAUUACUGACUGUUUUCUCAUCUGGUCGGUGUCCAUUUCUUACGAGCUCUGCAUGUUGAUGAAAGUAAAACAGCUGU